AUGAACAAGGGAUUGUUCAUGCGUAUUGUUGAACGACUCUCCACUGCCUUUCCAUUCUUUCAACAAAGGCGAGAUGCUACCGGAAGGUUCGGUCUCUCGACACUACAAAAGAUUACAGCAGCAAUUCGUAUAAUGGCAUAUGGCUGUCCAGCUGAUGCGGUUGACGAAUACCUCCGGCUUGCUCCAAGCACGGCGCUUUCAUGCUUGGAACAUUUUAUUGAAGGAAUCAAUGAUUUAUUUGGAGAUGAGUAUCUAAGGAGACCCACACCGGAAGAUUUGCAACGACUACUUGCUAUUGGAGAGUUUCGGGGAUUUCCUGGGAUGAUAGGAAGCAUCUACUGUACAUUAAACGAUAUCAAUGUUCUUGAUCGCUCACCUGUUUUUGAUGAUAUAUUACACGGCCAAGCUCCUAAAGUGAAAUAUAGUGUCAACGGCCACGAGUAUCAUAUGGCUUACUAUCUCACAUAUAGUAUUUAUCCAGAAUGGGCUACUUUUGUCAAAUCUAUUCCACUUCCGCAAGAUCAAAAAACAUCCUUAUUUGCUUUACAUCAAGAAUUUGUAUUUAAAGAUGUCGAACGUGCUUUUGGAGUAUUGCAAGCUCGAUUUGCCAUAGUCAGAAACCCUGCUCUUUUUUGGGAUAAGGCAAAAAUUGGUUUAUCAUACUGCACAAUAUGA